AUGUUCGCUAUUAUCAUACUGUUUGUCCAGGCCACAUACUCAGCGGAGAUUGAUUCAAAUCGCCAUGAGGCUUUCGGUAACAAGUUGUUGAAGACUGAUGUCAGUACUACAUUAGCAGUCCUACGAACUGCUCAGGGCAUUCUAUCAGCCAUCACUUCCAUGUUACUCACUGAUGCAUUUAAAUUUCUGCAAUGGAUUAUGAUGAAUCCCCCAAGAGGUCUCUCCUAUCCUAGCCUUCUUGCUAUCUCACCAACGACGGGAAUCCUGGGCACAUUGGACUUACUCCGUUCAUCAGUAGUGAGAAAGUCUGCCAAGGCGUGGGCACUACUUAGAGUUUCUCUGAUCGCGAUAGUCUGGCUGUCCGGCCUCGUCCUUUUCUUCAAAACAUCCUUGGUCACGGUCUACGAUAUUGCAUUUACCUACAAGGUCACCGCAGGAGUGAGUCCUUUCAAUGCAUCACUCAUACGACCUUUCAUCACGAGUGCGCAAUCGUUAUCUCCAAACUACCAGCUCAUGGUUGUUCCAUAUACCGUCUUCGCAGCCGUAUAUACACUGGUCCUGAAUCCGUUGCUCUGUACGCCUUCCCAAUCAGUAAAAUGUACAGGGACAAAUUGCAUGUCGUAUCUUCUCUCUGGUGGGUUGGAGAUGGUGGCACCCUGGGUGCCAGAAGGAUACUCGGAUUAUCCCAUGGUAAAGAUUGAAGAUGUUCCAUCUAUUCAGCUCGACUUUGAGUGGCCAGUAAGUGACAUUUUCGACGAUGCCGACUGCGAUGUUUUUGGGGAGGAUGGCUACACUAUUGGGAUUCGGUUGUGCAUUGUAGAAGAUACCACUGCCGUUGGAUCAUUCAGGGCAGGUCUCUUUGUCUGCAAUAAUGGAACCGUCGGUGGUAUCUGCCAUGCAACUCAACCUGCAAAUAUCACCUCCAGCAUCUCGUUCUACACUCGUGAAGCAACUGUAGUGGCAGUAAGAUCAAACUAUAGCAUCAUCAGUACUUCAAAUUUAACGCCUCCGAUACAAUUGACUGGUGUCGAUCUCUUAUCCUAUCGAGAAAGCCUUCGAUGGCUCCUCAAUUACACAGCCGCCAACAUCCCACCUCCAUCCUCAAUCGCUCAAAGCUUCUGGAGCUCAGUCCCAGAAUUAGCAAGUCCUUCAACCUACGGCAUCGUCUUGCAGAAUUUUCAAAGCGUCCUCGCCUUCCCAUUCUGGUAUUUCAACUCCAAUAAUUGGGCGAACCCUGAUCUGCAAGAAAAACAGAUCAUCUCGACUCUUCCUCCCCAAUUCUAUACUCAGGCGUAUAUUGUAGCACCAUACAGCAAGCUGAGGUUCGACAGAGGCAUGUUUAUACUUUUCCUGAUCCUGCAGGGAUUGGCCAUUGUUUUCGUAUGGUGCGUGCUCCUGUUCGUGCUGUUUGGAACGAGGACACUGCCAACGACAUCUUCGUAUCCUUUAUAUGACAUUGCGUUCAAAGCGAAUGUGGAUCAUGAGGUGAAGGAAGAGGAGCUGAGCGAAGCAGGAAACUCGCAGUGCUUGAAGUUGAUGAAGAAUUCGAAAGCUUUUGGGAAAGUUGAUUGA